AUGCAUGAUGACCACACUUCUUCGACCAGUCAACUCCAAGAUGUUCGAUCCAGGGAAAGGUUGACUGAGACUCCGGCUAUGACCUCGGCUCCCUCCACGUCUGGUCUCGAGCCUCAUUCAGAAGGCAGUAGCUUGUCCACCCAGCAAUGCACCGAGAGCAACCACGAGCCCAAACCGCCGAAACCAUCUGUGCCCCUACGACGAACCGUAUAUCCUGUGUUCCUUGUUUUACUGUACAGUGGGGCAGCUCUCUACGCUUGGGUUAUCAUCUGCAUCCUCACUCAUCGUCCCAUUGAUGGAAUAGGCUAUGGAGUCGACCAACUCUACAGCCAUCGCCCACGCCACCAUUUGGGACUCUCUUUGACCGAGGGCCUCAACCAAUUCUUCGACAAGAGCGAGAGGUAUCUUAGGGCUGCGAGGGUUGUACAGUCCCUGGUAUCCGUGGUGACUAUCCCUUUAACCUCUGCUGUGUGCUCGCAGGCAGCUGUAGUUUAUAUACAGCGGAAGCGAUGGAGAAACGGCCCAACCCUCCGGCAAAGCAUGGCCCUGGCAGACAAGGGAUGGACCGACAUUGACCUGAUAAGAAGACUCAUCCUCGGGGUUUACCUGCUGACCAUUUCGCUUCUUCCAGGCUCUGCUAUAUCUCCAGUGCAGCAGCUCUUUCUCUCAUAUAAAACGAUCAAGCGUGUCCAGUCAUUCCCCAUCGGACUCGGCACAAUCAAGGGAAUCUCUGAUCUUUUCCCUUCCUACAACAAUGGCGUCAUGGAUUACGGAUUGAAUACAGUGAAGCUGAGGUCCAAUUUGGCAUCGACGGUCAAUGAUAAGGUUCAGACGAGACUCUGGUCGCGAAAUAAUAACACCAUUUCUCUGGAUGAUCGUUCCGAUAAUUCCUGGGCUUAUUCGCUGUUAGAGACAAAACGUCAGAACACGCUCGCCAAUUUAAGCAUUAUAACAGACCCUUUUUGGGCUGGGCUCCCCUCCAGUACGACCGGGACUGGCUUCUUGCAACAGUUCGCUCCUCGGAUCAAUUCGACGGCCAAAUGGGAGAACAACACUGAUGCUAUGCUCCCCGCGGACUGUCACCCAUCGUCUGACGCCCUCUACCUCCACUAUAUGUACCAAUCUAAUGAUGCAUUCCGAUACGACAUUCAAAUCUGUAUGCCGGGAAAUGUAUCGAAAUCGCCGUGGAGGAAUCAGAAUAAUCGGCAAGACAUUAGCGAAGAGUUGUACCUCAGGAUGAACUUUUCAAACAGCCAAUCUUCAAUUCUCGCCCCGGUAGUGCUCAAAUCCGGAAUAUAUUCCAAAAAGCUGACACUCCAAACCACGAUGGGCUACUUUGAGCUUCCUAACUACGCGAAUGGCGGAUUCCCCGGGCCAUUGAUCGAAGGAGACCCAUUCACCAAUACGACGCGAUGGAAUUCGUAUAAGAGAAAUCUGGUCAACGAUACAGCAUGGAAUAUACUCAAUUCUACCGAACAGGUCAGCAUUUACACCCCUAAAGGCCCGCUACUUAGCAUUGCCUUGUCUUUGUUUGGAGAAGGCUCGUUUGUCGAUGUACAACAUACAACUUUGGCAGCAUACUCCCGUUCCGACGUCUCUUAUUAUGGUUGUAUUGGGCUAGUCCCCUUCAUUUCACUCCUUCACGAUUCCUACUUUGACAAAGUUUCGGAGCUUUUUGACCCCUGUUUGACGGGGAGGGACGUCGAUAGUGCAUAUGAUUUCGAAGAAAAAAACAAGUCGAUGCACUCAUUAGUUGCAGCAUACUUUUUCCUUUUCUCUGGGGACCCUAGGACGCCACCAGCGAACGUGGUGGAGAAUGCGUUUGCGGCAUCGGCAUUUCUGGCCAACGAUGCAAUGAUGGCGGAUGCUUAUCCCUCUCCGAGUCACACUAUAUCAUAUUCUUUGGGUGUCGAUAUGCAAAUUCCGUCAAUCUCCCGGGAAGGAAUGAUUUUCAUCUCGGUAUUACUAGGUCUCUACUUGUUAUGUCUCCUGGCGAUGGCGCUCUACAGUGCAUGGAUUCCUCGCUGGACCACGACUCUUGACUCGUUUGCGAUGCUGCGGAUAGGGGCUUCUAUAUCAGGAAAGGUCCCUUUGCUCGCCACAAAUCAUGCUGAGCGCAUCAAGACUCUUGACGAAACGCCCGGUUGGAUAGGGAACGAAACCGAAGGCAAGAUAGGCCAAAUAUGCUUAGGAGGGCAGCGGCCACUCAAGAAGACGGAGUGUUAUGCCAGCUAUGAGACAGACCAGAUGGCUCAAUCAUCGGCGACCAGAGAGCCUUCGAGAGCUAUCAGGCGAGAGGGCUAUUCUUUAGCUCCCGGGGAAAAUUCGUAG